AUAAAUAAUUACAUUACAUCAGUAAUAUUCAUAUAACCACAUUCUAUUCAAACUACGUGUACUAGAGCUACAGGCUAGAGCAGCAUUUCUAGGGUUCUAGCUAGCUGGGCCGGGUUGAGCUAUGUUUAUAAGGCUGGGCUCGGUCCAAAAUUAUAUGGAUCCAUUAAUGGAAGAUCAGCCCAUAAAGAAGGAGGAGAUGGGAAUCCCUUUCUCGAAAUGUAGCUCUCCCCAAGUUAUGAUUGACAAGCUGCCGCUAGUAUAUAGCCAGUUUCAACAGGCUUAGGCACCUAAGGGGUGUAGCAAGCAAUGCUAAACUAGCCAUUUUAGGAUAGAGGGAUAGCUAUUACAUGUUACAGAAUAGUAUAGAAAAGAGUCGUUAGGGGCGUAGCGUUCGUUACUGAUGAACGAAAUAAGAGCUUGGCGAAGGAUUUCUUUUGGUAAGUUUUCAAGUAUCGGGUGAGAAAGGAAGUUCCUCUGUCAAGCAGUAAUUCUGGCGGAAAAUCAGCAACGGCUAGCUUGAUCAUUUCCAACGGAGCUUUGAUCUUCUAUAUAUAUUCUAUUUCUCUGUAAAGCUCAUUAAGGUUUUGUAACAAGAAAGGAGAGUGGUAGAGGGCUUGUCUUUUGGGUUACAAAGGGUAUCAACAGUUCAGGGGAAGAGGUUCUUAGCUAUUGAGGGUUUCACAGAUCGGAUUGUGAUCUGUGGUGGCUGUUGGUUUAGAUUUUUCACUUCGUUUCUCUGUUCUCUUUUACUUUUGCUUGAUAGGAAAAAUCUCAAUAAAAAAGAGUCUCUAGGAAAAUAGCAAGUGCUAUUUCCGAGACGAGGAGUGACCAGUAGUUUGGGAACCUCGUUAAAUCGUGUGUUCAUUGCAUUUCAAUUCUGCUCUUGUUCUUCGUUUUCUGUUUGCUGGAGUUCCUCUGUUCUUCUGGUUUUUCAACUCUGUUUUUCUGCUAAAGGAAGAAGAGAGACGUUGCUGCUCUCUCUCUCUCUCUCGUGUGGGCUUUAAAUCUCUUUGGGCUAAAAUCAAGAGAGUUCACUGCUGCUUGUGUUUUUUCUUUUAAGUUUUAAGUGUUUUGGGCUUCUGCUUCCUUUGGCCCAAUCCUCUUUAUCUGCUCGGUAUUAUUGUCGAGCAUCAGAGGAGAUUGCCUUCCAUUCAUUUUAUCUUUUCCUCCCUUUGCUUUAGGCUUGGUCAAAAUCCCUAAUUUCAUUUCUAACUCUUUCCAUAAGUGGUAUCAGAACCAGUACUUGAAGUAGUUAAUUGCUGCCAAGAUUGAUCCAGGCAAUGGCUUCUUCUAAUUUUGGCCAAGCGAAGGGCCAGGAAAGUGGACAUCACCAAACGACAUCAAGGAGCCAAAAACCAAAUGGGCAUAGUUAAGAGGGAUAUGAGCAACAGCAUGACUCAUAACCCAAAGAUCGAGGGGAAGAACACGAUCAAGGGAUUGGGAACGAGGAAGGAAGACCCUGGUGAGAACAUAGUGAAACGCUCGAAGACGAGGAAGCAACACAUUGAUAGGGAGAGACAGGGCAGGACUCGGAUGAACACCCGUGAGACGAACAAAUUCCUCGGCAACAUUAAAGUUGACUCUCCACAACUCGGACUCAUGAGCAAUGGUCUCACCAACAGCAGGAAAGUCUAGUAACCGCCCUAGAUCGCUAACAGGAAUAGUAACAAGAUGGCCUUGGAAUAAGGUAGAGAAAGCUCGGGAAUGAAGGCCAUCCGAACGGAGAUUGGAAUAAAAAUGGCGAACUAGGAUGGGACAGAACGAGGAGGAAAACUGGUCAAAGAUAAAACCCCAUCCCAAACUUUGAAUAAAAUCAUUGAUAUCAAGAGCAAAAUCAUGAAAAUCAUCAAACGGCGCUAGGAUAGAGGGGGCAAUUGGGCGGCGCUCAAAAAACUGACGAUGACGGUGAUAGUUGGCAAGGGCAGGUUCAAAAAACAGGUUACCACAGAAAGUGAUAGAAAAGCUAGGCUCCAUAGCUAAAGAAGAGAAGUACGCAGAAGAAAGAUACACAAAAAAAAAACUAAAGAGACACAGACUUAAAUAAGCAAGCAAAUACAAAGAAAGGAAACACCAACAGACAAGGUAAGAAAAUAAAAGCAAUAACUCUAGGGAUAAAAAAAACUAAUUAAAAACAGGAAAGAAACAGCAAACCAACGAGACAAAUUAAGGACGGUCAUCAAUGGCCUGUAAAGACCGCAAACCAAGCUCAUAAGAUAGAAAUGUAAAUCUGUCUAAGGGCAAGGGCUUAGUGAAAAGAUCAGCGAGCUGAAACUCAGUAGGAACAUGCUGCAGAGCAAGAGUAUUAGAGGAGACAAGAUCACGAAUAAAGUGGUAUUUAAUCUCAAUAUGCUUCGUGCGAGAAUGCUGCACAGGGUUCUUAGUCAUGCAUAUCGUACUAGUGUUGUCACAAAAUAAUGGAAUGCAAGAUACAGCUAAGCCAUAAUCAGCAAGCUGACUUUUUAACCAUAUUAACUGAGUGCUACAGCUCCCGGCAGCAAUAUAUUCUGCCUCUGCUGUAGAAAGAGCCACAGCCCCCUGUUUUUUGCAAAACCAAGAGACAAGGCACGUGCCAACGAGUUGACACGUACCUGUAGUGCUUUUCCGGUCAGUUAAACUGCCGGCAAAAUCAGAAUCGCUAUAACCAACCAAGUCAAAAGUUUCUUGUUUAGGAUACCAGAGACCAACAUCUAUGGUGCCCUUUAAGUAGCGAAAAAUCCGCUUAACUGCAGACAAAUGACUCUAUUUAGGAUUGGAUUGAAACCGAGCACAAAUACAGACACUGUACUGUAUAUCAGGUCGGCUGGCAGUUAAAUAUAAUAACGAUCCAAUCAUCCCUCGAUACUUCUUUUCAUCUACCGAAAUACCAUUCUCAUCUCGAUCUAACUUUAAAUUAGCAGCCAUAGGAGUAGGACUGGAAUUUAAAGAAGUCAUAUUGAAUUUGGACAGCAUGUUAUGAAUGUACUUGGAUUGGUUUAUAAAGAUGCCGUGAUCAGAUUGUUUAAUCUGCAAUCCAAGGAAAAACUUGAGUUCACCCAUCAUGCUCAUCUCAAAAACAGACGUCAUUGACUCACAGAAGGCAGUGCAUAGCGCAGUGUUAGUGGAUCCAAAAACGAUAUCAUCAACAUAUAUUUGAACAAGAAGAAUGUCGUUCUGAGUAUGUUGAAUAAAUAACGUUUUGUCCACAGUACCUUGAAUAAAAUUGUGAUCUUUAA